UGAUUUUAUCAAACAUCGUCUCUUCAAAUUUCCAACAUGUCUCGUCGCUACGAUACUAGAACUACGAUAUUUUCCCCAGAAGGGAGGUUGUAUCAGGUUGAAUAUGCCAUGGAAGCAAUUGGUCUGGCUGGAAUUUGUCUCGGGAUCCUGGCUGAUGAUGGUGUAGUCAUUGCUGCAGAGAGGAGAAACACCAAUAAACUCUUGGACGAGAUGGUUUUCUCUGAGAAGAUUUACAAACUCCAUGAUGACAUGGCAUGCAGCGUUGCUGGAAUUACCUCAGAUGCUAAUGUCCUUACUAAUGAAUUAAGAAUAAUUGCACAGAGAUAUUUAUUGCAAUAUCAGGAGCCAAUUCCUUGUGAACAGCUAGUCAGUUCAUUGUGUGAUAUAAAACAAGAAUAUACACAGUUUGGAGGAAAACGACCUUUUGGUGUAUCUCUCCUCUACAUGGGCUGGGACAAGCAUUAUGGCUUCCAGCUGUACCAGAGUGACCCUAGUGGAAAUUUUAGUGGCUGGAAGGCAACCUGUAUUGGAAAUAAUAGUGUAGCUGCAGUUUCAAUGUUAAAACAAGAAUAUAAUGAAGACAAAAUGCCGUUAUCUGAGGCACUAAAGCUGGCUAUUAAAGUUCUAAACAAAACCUUGGAUGUCACAAAGUUAACCAAGGAAAAAGUCGAAAUAGCCACACUUACAAGAAAGGAUAACAAGACAGUGAUUCGUAUUUUACCAGACAGCGAAGUCGAGGAUGUUAUCAAUAUUUGUGAACAGGAGGCGAAAGCUAAAGAAACAGCAGCUGGAACCAGCAGUAAAAAAUAGUUCUGUAAAACUUCACCAACAACCUUUUUAAGCAAUAUUCUUUCUUGUCUGUAAAGUAUAAUAGAUUUGUUUGCAUUGAAUUCAAAUAAAGUAUUGAAAAAAACAUCUAAUAGUGUAACCAUAUUA